AACAUUUUAGUUUUAUGUUCUUAUUUGAUCUUUUAAUAAACCCUAAUGCUUUGUUUGAUUUUUUGAUAAAUUUAAAUCAAUAUUGGGAUUCCAUGACAGUUUUUCAUUUAUUAUAACACCUCUUAUUUUGCGUUUUUAGUCUGUGUUACUGGUUUGCCAUGAAUAAGAUAAGUGGAAUUUAUUUGUUUUUAGGUGGUUUUUUUUGUUAAUCUUAACAACUGACAUAUUUUUUGGGUGAAAAGACAUGCUCCAAUUUGAUUCCCAUUUCUGUAAUUCAUCUGAUUCCAUUUGUAAAAUUUCUCUAUCUUCUGUUGUUUUUAUUGUUCUAUAUAUUAUGCAAUCUUCUGCGAAUAAUCUGACUUUUGUUCCUGAACUAAUGCAAUUUGAUAAAUCGUUUAUGUAAAUUAAAAAUAGUAGUGGACCUAAGACUGUUCCUUGAGGUACACCUGAGUUUACUGUUAUUGGUGUUGAUUUAGAUCUCUCCCUAUCAGAAAAUCCCUAAUCCACUGAUGCAAUGGACCAUCAAUGCCAAAAUAUUAUAAUUUUUUAAGCAAACUAUGGUGAUGAACUUUGUCAAAAGCUUUGGAAAAAUCUAACAGUGCUAUUAAAUAGCAUUCAUCAUGAGGCGAAGGAUGUUACAAGUUCUUCAAGCAUUGAUGGUCCUGAGCAUAACUUUUUUUCUAUACAGCUCUGUGUUUCUAGAUCUUUCCAUCGGUUCUCCAAAAAAUAUAUUAGUUACAACCCGUGAAAUUGCAAACCACCCAACUUAUUCACAGCUCAAUAUGGGUAUGAAGCUCUACUUUCUGCGAUUUGAAAAGAAAAAAAACUGGGUCGUACUAGAUGACGUCUCUACACCUUGUGUGGAUGUAACUCUGAUAACCAAACAAGAUGAUUGGAGUGUCGCUAUUUUCGUUGAUGUCGAAAAAGACAUUAUUGGAUGUAGUCCUCCCAAGUGUUAUCAAAUCACCAGAGAUUAUCUUCAACAGUCAUCAAGUCAUUUUUCAACUUUUACAUUUAUCAACACAUCAUCCAAAUUGACUGGAUAUUUAUUUGCUAUAGAAAAUGGCGCCAAGGUAAUUCUAGAUACCGAGUGCGACGCUUUAGUUGAAAACAUCACUGGAACAUUUCACAUUAAUGAUGCACACCAAUCUGGAUUGAUGUACGAGGGUGCGGGCUUGUUUAAUCCUUUUCAUCAUUUUGGUCUGACCGAAGCCUUUCCCAAAGAAUUUUGGUCUCUAGGUAGAAUCAACACAGCUAGAAACAUAUCUGAACUCAGAAACUCUGAUAUUUACUCUAUAGUAGACUGGAGCUCGGUGUCUAUAAGACAAGGUGUAACUGUCUCUACCUCGACUUGCUUAAAAUACACUCAAGGCAAUGUAAGCCGCCCUACAGUUGUAAAUACUACUCCAGUUUUUAUUAGAAAUUCAACUGCAGCCUCAUUCAGCACUGGACCUACAGUUUUCUUUGAGGAUGUCUUCAAGUUGCUUUUUAUUCCACCAGAGUUAAAUUUAGAAGAGAAGAAAGCUUUCAGGACAAGAUUAUUAAACGAAAUGAUCAAAGGUUCUCAACUUUUGACGUCUUUCUAUUACGUAUCUACACACAAUCAACCUUACGACUGUGCAUACGUCGCCGAUGCUAGUAAGCAGAGUUUAAAUACAAGUUGUGUUUCUAGUUCUAACUGUACUAACAUGUCCUCUUGUAACCCAAACGAUGAAUGCUGUAAUGAUAUACUGAAGAACGUAACCAUUUGCAUCAUGAAGGACUGUCUUCCAUUGAAAGAUUUGACUAACAUGAAAGUACUUAUCUCUUCUUGGAUAGAUGAUCUUACAAAGUUUACGCCAAAAAAGUUAUUACAUCCAAGAACUAUCACUAAAACGGUUUAUCGUAUUCCUCAGCAUUUAAAAAUGUUCAACAAUAUUACUAGUGAUUUAGAGAAAAUAGUUUCAAAAGACAUAGUAUCAUUAUGUGGACUUAAUGUAACAAUGAACUUGCACGCAAUACAGAAAAUGACUAAUCCUGUGAUAGACGAUAUAUUGCUAAUUAUAGUAAUAAAUUAUAACAGCUUGUUUCCUUCUCUUGGUUUUAAUGAGUUUUUACACAGACAGUAUUUUAAGUUUAUCGUUUACUGUGUGCCCUCAGUAGAAGCCUUUCAGACGUACACGGAUAGAGAGGGAUUUAAUUACGUUACUUCCAUAGAAGGUGUAGCUCAUGGCUGGGAAUUUUUCUAUGAAUGCACUGCUGGCGCCAUGAAGCUUGGUCUACCAGUUCAAGGCUAUCUCCAGAUAGGAGACGAUGUCCUUCUGAAUACUUGGAACAUUGUUGCACUCCCUAGGACAGAAAUGAGUAUCUUCUCUAAGGUGCAUUUUAAAGAGCUAUAUAAAAAAGAUCCUAAAAGUAAAUGGCCUCACUGGAAUUCCAUCAGAGGUCAGAGAGCAGUUGAAAAAGUUAUUGGGGAAUUAAAAACUGCUUUGAAUCUUACCGUUGAGGAGCAGUUAGAGAAAUACCCGCGAGUUAAUUUUACGACAUUCGCAGAAAGAUUUCUCAAAAACUUGGAAGGUAACCUGAAGCCCAACUUUGUAAUUUACGGUGCAACUGAUAUUUUUUACGUCCCACAAAUUUUACAGAAUGAGUAUAUUACAAUCACUGAAAUAUUUCGAAGGCAUAACUGUAUGGUGGAGUUAGUAGUUGGGAAUAUUUACAUGGGACUGAAGAAUCCUUUUGAGGAAAAGUAUUUGUUUGAAGGACAUGGGCUUUGGAAUAACGACAGACAAAAGCCAUGGACUUUUUUUGAUGCUAGAAAUGAGAUUUUUAUACAUCCGUUUAAAUGGCUUCGCAAUGCGAAAAAUAAAGAAGGAAGAACGUUUGCUUGUGAAAGAUAUUUACCAUUGCUGAGUUGAUUAUCAAUUCUAUAUAAACUAUAGUUUUAUGAUAUAUGCUAAUAUGUCCCUGUUGGGCAAGGGCAAACUAAGCAGCCGACUUGACCUGGCACAGACUCAAAACCAUUUUUUUUUAGGGCAGAAAUAGCAAAACUUGUCCUUAUUGCUGUUGUUUGAGUUUUUUUGUUUUUUUUUUAGUAAAUUGCAGUUUAGUUUUUGUUUCGCUAUUAAAUAUUUGUAUUUUUCUAUCUCAUUUGAGGCCACCGAAUUCACUUCGCCUAUUGUAUUGGCCUCCUUCAGUCGUAGAACGACUAUGGAUCAUCUCAGAGCACACUUCCUCAUGUGGCUGUGGAGCCCUACUUUGGAGAGACACUCCCAUCCACAGAUAGCGCAGGUUAGGGUGGCUUUUGCUUCGGUGGUAGAGGAGCUGGCCAUUUUUCGGAUUGUACGUUUUUUUUUCUUCCUGAGCUGAGACACAUGUACUUUCACUGUCCAUAGCUUUCUUGGUCACUGUCUCUCUCCAUCUGUUGCGGUCUAGAGCUAUGUCUUCCCAAUUGUCAGUAUUGAUGUUCACUGAUUUGAGGUCACGUUUUAUUACAUCUAUGUAACGGAGGUGGGGGCGACCAGUUUUUCUUGUGCCAGUCGCGAGUUGACCGUAGAGGAUGACUUUCGGGAUGCGAUUGUCCUCCAUCCGGCGAACAUGUCCAAGCCAGCGCAAACGGCGUUGUCUGAGGGCUGUAAAGAUGCUGGGAAUACCUGAUCGCGCAAUGAUCUCAGUAUUGCACACUUUUUCUUUCCAUGUGACAUUCAAGAUGCUACGGAGACAUCUCAAAUGGAAUGAGUUCAGUUUUCUCUUUUGCUUUGCGUAGGUGGUCCAUGAUUCACUGCCAUACAGCAGUGUACUCAUAACGCAUGCCUUGUAGACUUCCAUUUUGGUCACCGUAGUUAGCUUAUGGUUUUCCAAAACUCUUGGCCUGAGUCUAGCGAAGGUCGAGGCAGCCUUCCCUAUGCGUUUUUUUUUAUCUCCUCUUCUAGAGACAGGUCAUCUGUAAUUGUGGAUCCCACUUCGCCUAAGGCCUCUAAUUAUCUAAGGCCGGCUCUGAUGUAUGAUAAUGCAUAGUCGAUCUCAAAUUUUACACCAUUUAAAAUAAUGACUUCAAUUUAACCACAGCAACUUCUAAAAUUGUUAUAGCGUUACCUUCUUUGGGAUUGAAGGACGGUUAAGGAGAACGAUAUUUUUUUUUUACUCAAAAUUAAUGUGGAUUUGUGGGUGAAUGAUUUGUUGGUGAACCAACUGUUAGGGAGCCAUUUGUCGUGUGAACCAUUUUUGUUUUGUUUGAUGUAAUGCACAAAUUGUAAGACAUAUUUCCUUACGGACAAUAAAGAUUAUUAUUAUUAUUAUUUGCCAUGAACAAAAUGUCGGUGAUUCAGUUGUCAGUGAAAAGGUUGUCUAUGAACCUUUUGUCGGGUUAAGGAUUGUUAUGGAGUGUGUCUGUGUGUGUGUGUGACGGCGGGAAGAGGUUAGCGAUUGGAUGUGAAUGAUGCAAUAUAGGUGGCAUAGCCGUCAGUUGGUCUUAGGGGAGACAACUCCAGAACGUGAAACUGAAAAGUUAUGUCAUUGUAGUGAGCUGUAUUUUUUUAAAUUAAGAAAUAAUAUUACUAAAGUCUACUACAUUUACUUGAUUUCAUAUUAACUUGAUUUUGUCCAUAUUAGGCCUAUAAAUAAACUUAUAUUUAGUAUUGUUCACAA